AUGUCCGGUUUUUUCAGCUUAGGUGGCGGCGGCGGAGGUGGAGGGUCUGGGAAAGAUAAUCAAGACCACCCAGAAUUGGGCGGCGGCAAUAGUAAUAGUAAUUUGUUUCUGUUCAAGAAUAAUAAUGAGGAGAUCUACAACAAGGGUUUUGAGCUAUGGCAACAGUACUAUCAUAUGCAUCAUCAUCAUCAUCAUCAGAGGGUUCAGCAGCAGCAGAUGGUGGAUUUCGGCGUAGGAGUGGGGCCCAGCGGGCACGGCGGAGGCGGAGGGAGUAGUAGUAGUAGCGGUGGGAAUUUGGUGGGUAGUGAUGAGCAAAAUCCGGGGCCGAGUUUUAGGGUUAUGAGGCAGGGCGGAGAAGGAAGCGGCGGCGGCGGCGGCGCCGGAGUGAAUUGUCAGGACUGUGGGAAUCAGGCGAAGAAAGAUUGCGCUCAUCUCCGGUGCCGGACUUGCUGUAAGAGCAGAGGGUUUCAGUGCCCGACGCACGUGAAGAGCACGUGGGUCCCCGCCGCCAAACGCCGUGAGCGGCAGCAGCAGCAGCAGAUCUUCUCCCUCCACCAACACCACUCCCAGCCGCUUAGCUUCCGUCCCGAAAACCCCAAACGCCAACGUGACAGCUCUUCCCCCCUCGCCUGCACUCGCAUCACCACCACUUCUUCCGGGUUAGAAGUGGGCGGGCAUUUCCCGGCGGAGGUGAAUUCUCCGGCGGUUUUUCGGUGCGUGAAGGUGAGCGCAAUGGACGACGAAGUGGACCAGUACGCAUACCAGACGGCGGUGAGCAUCGGCGGCCAUGUUUUCAAGGGAAUUCUCUACGAUCAGGGCCCGGAAACCCGGUACCCUUCCGGCGGCGGCGCCCACGAGAGCUCCUCCGGCAGCGGCGCAGCCCAGCAACCGCUAAAUCUCAUUGCAGGCGCCGGCGCCGGCACCAGCCACCAGCAAGCGGCGGCGGUGGCCACCAUGAUUGACCCUUCACUGUACCCAACUCCGCUCAGUGCAUUCAUGGCUGGUACGCAAUUCUUUCCACCACCACGACCUUAAAAGAUGAGAAUUUUGUGUGUCUGUAGAGAAGAGAAAGAAAGAAGGCCAAAUGGCUUCUGAUGAGAAUGACAAAAAGAGAGCUUAAUUAGCUUAAAACUCCCAAUUAAUUGUUAAUCACCAUUACUAAUCAGAUCACCUUAUUCAUUGACAUCUAUCCUUUGAGCAAAACAAUGACAAGGACGAGGAAACAAUGUUUGUUUGUCAACACUACUUUACUUGUUUCUGUUGGGAGGUUCAAGUAUGAUUUUGCUAUGGUCAUAUUAUUAGCUUAAUUACUUGAUUAAUGGGUAAUAAUGUAUGAAGAUUCAUCUUAUGGAUAA